CACACACACACGCACGAAUUGCAACUUACCGCUAAAAGGUGUGAAAAGCUUUUGUGGCUUUUUUCUCUGAAAAGGAUUAAUUUGUCAAGCGUACGCAACAAAAAAAAAAAAAUGUGUCGCACAAUAUUUGCAUUUAUCACUUUCUGUUGCUUGGCUUUGACUUGCACGCAAGCGGCUGUUAAUAGCAAUUCACCGCGUCCAAACAAUCAAUACGCCGCCAGCUCACAGCAAAGCGAUGCAUCUGCUUCGGCAUAUUUUACAAAUAACCAAAAUCAAUAUUUGCAUAAUAAUCAUAUUGGUAGUGGCACUUUACAACAGCAGCAGCAGCAGCAACAACAACAACAACAGCGACCCCAACCGGAGCCAGUAACAGAAAAGAAUGUUUUGGAUCGUUUCGACCAUCGCUUCCCGGACGGCAGCUACGAGUUCAGAUACGAAUUGGCUGAUGGUACUGCACGCUAUGAACGUGGCUACUUUCUUGUCUAUGACAAAGUUAAAACGCUGGUUGUGGUUGGCUAUUACUCCUACCGUCAGACCGAUGGACGUUACAUCACUGUCUUCUACAAUGCCGAUCAAAAUGGUUACAGACAAAAUCAAUCAAUUACCCCACAAGUCUACCCGAACUUGCCGCGUUCGAUUGAAGUGCCACAAUUUAAGGAAAGUGUCGAUUAUGCCACAGAAAGGCCGAACAAAGGGCAUGCCUAGAUGAGUGACUUCCACUUGUAGAAUCAGUAUCUUUAAUUCAAAUGUUAAUGUGAAAAGAAAACAGUAUUUACUUGAA